AUGUAAACCAGGACAUGGUUGUGGGUGCAGGGCUACAGCCCGGCCUCCAUCCGUUUGCCUGGCUCCCGGACUCGGGGAGUGGAGGGAGACGGCGCCCCCUGCCGGGAGGGAUCGGCCCGGGUCACCGGCGCCGCUCUCACCCAGUCGGGGGGCGGCUCCUUCAUCGCCGAGACUCGCGUCGUGUCUCGCGUGUCUCGCCCACUCGCUACUUCCGCGGUCGAGCUCCGGGGUCCAGGGCUCGGGUGUCUCUGGGCGACGACGGGAAGAGGGCAGAGGGAGCGGCGGAGGCGGCAGAGGCGGCGUCCGUGUGGAGGAGGCGCAAUGGAGCCCAGAUCCCGCGCCACACAACGCGGGUUUGUGAGCUCCCUGCUCUUCAGCGUGAGCCACAGGCCCCUGGGCGCAGAGGGCACCCCGGAGUCCUCACUGUUGGGCCGCCUGGUGGCAUGGGACGUGGCCCUGACCUCCCGCCUGGCCGUGUGCGCUGGGGUCGGGUCGAAGUGGCCCUCGGGGCGGCCCCUCAUGAAGCUCAUCGAGGUCAGCGGUCACGGCAUCCCGUGGCUGGCUGGGGGCCUUCUGUGCACGUACCUUGGGCACAGCGCGGUGCAGCGACACUGGUGGAUCAACAUACUCUUCGCGCUGCUGCUGGACCUAGUGAUGGUGGGAACGGUGAAGGCUGUGGUGCGGCGACCGCGUCCUUCUCACAAUUGCAUGGACAUGUUCGCCACGGUCUCCGUUGACCAGUACUCGUUCCCGUCGGGUCAUGCCACGCGCGCCGCUAUGCUCGCAAUGCUGGUGUUCAGCGGAGCGGGCGGAGGUGCCGGGUGGAUCGCGGGGCUUGGCUGGUGGCUAGUGCUAGCCUGGGCUCUGGCCGUGGGGUUGUCGCGCGUGAUGCUCGGACGGCACCACGUAAGCGACGUGGCUUGCGGCCUGGUGCAAGGCUGGCUACAGGCCUGGCUCGUGGAGGUCAUGUGGUUGUCUGCCACCACCUGCCAGAUGCUGCUGCAAUAUGCGCAUUGGAUUUGAAUGGUUCUUUAGACUCUGCACAGUUGUUAAGUCUUGACAUAACGAGCUGAAAUAUAUUACCAGUCUUCAUUGACAAAUUUGCCCUAGCCCACUUAGUACAUUGAUUACACAACUUAUAUAUAUAUAAAAGGGAAAUUUGUGAAUGUGUGUCCGUUCGAAAUGUUUAGCAUACUUCCCAACAUGAAACAAACUUGAAAUUUGGCAUGUGGGUAACUUCCAGACUGUACACAAUGCAAAAAGUAUAAAAAUAGACUUUUGUAUUUUUUUUGGGAGGGGGGGGGGGCGCAAUAAUGGAUAUAUUUUGCACGGCAAGUGAGCGGUGACGUCACAUCUGUGAUGUCACCCGCAUGCGGCAGCGUUACGCAGUGUGCCUGCUGACGUCACGCAUCUCCCCCCCCCAUCCUCCACGUAGGCCGUGUAUUAAAGCUAGUUGUGUAUAACUUCAAGCACAUGUGGCCUGUGUACCCCCAUGCACAUUGCACUGCGUUACAUUUAAGCCAUUACAUUUUCACAGGGAUAGCACGGUGGUCUCGUGAUGCUGCUCGGGAUGCUAAGUUUGUAAAUCAUGACGUUUCGGGCGCCACACAAGUGUCCGUCAUCAGGUGGGACGCUUGUGUUCGCCUGAAACGUGAUUUAUUUUAUUUUAUACCUACGUGACUUUACCGAAAGAACCAAAGAGUAGGAAGUCCUCUGUUUACGUUGCUCCUAUUUACGUUGUUUCACUAAACGUCGCCAGCGAAUUUUGGAACAUUAUUCGAUUUAAAGUGCAUUGAUUGCCUCCAUUAUUUUGAAACAUUUCCAAAUAACAAUAGUUUUGGCAGUAUACGUGACAGCGCACUACACAGUGUUUACAACAUCACCAUCCUAAAUACUGGACCAUCUAAAUCAGCGGUCCCCAACCUUUUUGGCACCAGGGACCGGUUUCGUGGAAGAUAAUUCUUUCACAGACUGGGGGGAGGGGGGGUCAUCAUUGGGUCUUUCUCCCUUUUCAAAGAAGCUCUCCAGCGACGUUUGUUUUUUACUCAUUUUGGCUACUAGGGGUUAGAGCUUGUGGGCUUGCCAAAACUGUGACUGAGACAAGUGCGCAGUGCGGGAAAGAGGCGCGGAUGGAAGUUGUAAAUAAUAAAAUAAUGGAGGCUGGCCACGCGCGGACUCACCGCUCUCCUCCUGCUGUGCGGCCCAGUUCCUAACACGACGCGGACCGGUACCGGUCCGCGGCCCGGGGGUUGGGGACCCCUGCUCUAAAUGGAAUCUCUGCUGCCAUCUAUGGUAAGUACAGGAAUCCCCCGCUAUACAUAGGGAUGCCAGUGAAUAUUUGUUGUGGUGGUAUCGGUUCAUCGGCCUCUUUCCUCAGCUCGUUCCAGCUGCAUCAGAUCCUCAUUUGCCAGGCCCUCACCUUGGGACUCCACCACGUCUGUCUACUCCGCAUUGUCUAGUUCAGCUUCCCUCCUCCGUGUGGAGGGAAAUCCUCUCGUGAAAUUGUCAAUUUUGACCGCGUGCAUUUUUAGUUUUAACAAUCGCAGACAAUAUGCAUAAAAAACGCAUAUUCUAAAAAAAAUAUGUAUAAGGAAAUAUUCCCAAAUUCAUCAGAAACGUACAUGCAAAACAAUGCAUAAUCUUGUAACUUAUUACGGGGAAUUCCUGUAAUCUAUACUAACAUUUAAACUUCUUAAAUAUUUUUGGAAAUCUUUUGUUUUCUUUUUUUGGUACUUAUUUGUUUAUGCAAAUUUGCACCUAAAAUUGUGCCCCAAGAACGUAUUAAAAAUGUAUAUCAUUAAGUCAAUUGUUAAAUAAGUUUCUAUGUUUGUUGUUUUCCCUAAUGUCGCGUUUUCCAGGAACGCAUCCUCAACGUAAAUAUAGAAUAUGUAACAAUACAAUCGGUGUCGCUGCAGAGAAUACAAUUUGAACCUGUAACUCGCUGCAUCGCCCUGACCAAGAAGUCACUGCUGCUCACAAAUUGCCGCUGUCAGCUGCCUCCAGCCGAGUUUGGCCCCAGCGUUCUGAGUUGGUUGCCGUGGCCAUGAUUACUUCACCGCUGCCACAAAACAAUUUAUGUAUCCAUAAGAGUUUUUUUUUUGGGUUAUAUCGCGUUCACAUAAAUAUGUCGUUAAACUCGCCACCACCCGACAGACGAUUAGUAAGGUUUGCCACGUAAAGCAUGCCAUUUAGUAACUAGUUCAGCACACCAGUGUGUUGGAGAGUAAACCCACAAUAUGUAUGUUGAACUUAUUUUGCACCGUGCAAAGCCAACCGUGCUAAUCGAAGGUGAGAAGUUCGAGCACACUGAGGGUAGAGUUGAUCAUACCCGCAAACCACCAAAGGGAGUUGAAGCGAAUGGCCCUGAGUUGCUCGAUACACGUUCCUUAUCUACUUCAACGGCAACAACUGUCGUUAUUGUUUACCAGGUUGACAAAGGUUGUUUAAAUUGCCACUAAAAAUAGCCACUUUAGUACCGUUUAAUAAAUGGUAAAUUAGAGUCGCGCGUCGCCGAAUGUUAGAGCCGUUUACUCUACCGCAUGCUCGGCGCUAUGUCAAUGGGUUUGCUUCCAGCAUUGGCCACCGGGCAAAGCUAUAAAAACUGUCGUGACCGGCGCUAGUCAAUAGAAACCCUCCCGUGUCAAUUCCAUGGCAGGGUUGCCACGCUUCUGUGUUAGCGGUAACCUGAAUUAAAUAAGGAUAUAUUUAGCAUCCUUACACAUGACAGUUCAACUCCUGCAUAAUAUGUCCCUCCACAUAAAAAAUAAAAGUAAACAUCCAAACCGCCACAUGGCCUUCUGGGAGGGCAUCAUUUGAGGACUAUCGAUUCAACAAUCUCUGGACUGGUUUUGACAUUCAGUGUCUCGUCAGCAGAGCUAGGCUUGCAUGAACAAAUUGGGUAUUUUUGGGAACCUUGUGAUUAUUUGUUAUGGGAUUUUUUUUUUCAGGGGAACUUGUGCUUACAUGAGCCAGUUAUAAGCAUUGUGAUUAAACUUUACGGGUGAGGACGGUGCUGGCCACUUGUUGCCUGGGAAAUUUGAGUUGAACCUGGGACAAUAAAACUCUUGAGCAAGAAA